AUAACUGCUGCUCUCUCUCGCCAAUGUCAUCAGCAAGAUACACUUCGCUAGUCAACGGCCUCCCACGCCGGCUGCCACCUUGGAACCAGAUCCCCCCACCGCAGAAGCUGAUGGGAGGGACGAUCCUCGUCCUCGUCAUCCUACUCCUGUACAUGGAAAGUGCGCGUGCCCCGCCGCCGCCGCAUGCGCACUACCCGCCCCCACCGGGCCAUAGUACGGAGUACGCGAUACGGGCCAAUGAGGCAAGGUACAAAGAUGUCCUGGCCGAAAGAGCAGCUUUUAUCCAGAGCUUGGGAGGAGCGUCGCGUGUCCUACCUUGGCCAUAUGGAGACCUCAAGCAGGCGUAUUGGACGCUAUGGGACUUCUUCCUCCCCCUCUUUGGCUGCCCGCAUGACGUGCAGCGGAUAGGGCGCAUGGGCGACGGGGGAAAGUACGUCUGCGGCAUGGAUGUCAUCGCUCGGAAACGGGACGUUGUCAUCUACAGCAUGGGCGUGUCGGACGACUCGUCCUAUGAGGCUGCUUUGCUCGAAGCGGCCCCAACGGCCCAGGUGUACGGGUACGACUUUAGCGUGGAUUCCUGGGGCCCUCAGAUAGAGACGGUGCCGUCGUUGAAGCAGCGUGCGCAUUUCUUCAAGUACGCGAUUGGGGACAAGGACGACCAUGGUCCUGGAUCGUCGGAUCCCGAGUUCCAAGUCUACACCUUGGACACGCUCAUGAAGCUCAACGGGCACACGUUCAUCGACAUUCUCAAAGUUGACAUCGAAGGCGCGGAAUUCGACGCUCUCCGCGGUUUCUGUAAGUAUUACAUGUCCCGUGGCUUGCCUCUCCCUUUCGGCCAGCUACAGGUAGAGAUCCACGCCUGGGGAAAGAACUUUGCCGAGUUCCUCGAGUGGUUCGAGCUGCUCGAAGCUGCUGGUCUCAGGCCGUUCAGGUCCGAACCGAACCUUGUCUACGUGAGCUUGUAUCAUCAUCAGAGGCCCGAGUUGUCCGAGUAUGCUUUUAUCAAUGUUGGUGGGAAGCAUGAGAUCAUUAGCGACAUGUAUGAUUAGGAAGGCGACUGGGACUGGACCCACUUCUGACAUUUACGGCACUUGGACAUGCUAAUUAUACCUUGUAUCUUCUUCGGUUGUCGUUCGGACUAUAAUGUAGACCCGACGGACUGUU